GCAAGAGGCAGGCGCCCGCCAUCCCAGAAGGCCACCUACGCUGCCUGGGAGCCCGGCCAAGCGGCCCCAGGACUGGGGCGGAACCCAGGCUAGACUCCGGAGCAGCCAGGACCUUCCCGACCGUCCCACCUGCAGCGCGCCCUCAGGGCCGGAACGCGGCGCCGUGGGAGCACCGCGCAGGCCCUCCGGCACAGUCUUGUAGGGCACAAUGUCUGAACAAGAGCGUAUACAGGAAUGCCUGAGGAAGGAAAUAAGGUCACUUCUCAUUUCCACCAAAGAUGGUUUGACCCCACAGCAGUUGGAAAAGGAGUACCUUUUGAUGGUUGGCAACCAUUUACCACUCCGAAUCCUUGGGUAUCGGUCCACCAUGGAGCUGGUGUUGGAUAUGCCUGAUGUUGUCAGUGUCUGCCCCUGUGGGGACGGUACUGUAAUACUGAAAGCCAUUCCAGAUGAAUCCACCAAAGGAAUAGCAAGUUUAGUUGCAAAACAGAGGGACAACCAUAAGGUUCGAAACUCCGUGCGGAGGGGAAGGGCCAGUGUUUGCUCUGGGCCCAGCUCUCAACGGCAAGUACCUUACCGAGGAAGGGUGCCCCCUAUUCUUCCAGCUGUCGUGAAGAGUGAGUUGAAAGACCUCUUGGCGUUAUCGCCUGUUCUCCUUUCUGAUUUUGAAAACGCAUUUGCCAAGCGAUUUGGACGAUCAUUCCAGUAUGUGCAGUAUGGCUUCUUCUCUAUGUUUGAAGUGCUGAAUGCCGCUGCAGAUGUCAUUUCUGUAGAACAGACCAGAGCAGGUUCUUUGUUGAGGCUGAAGAAGAGCCUAUCUGAGGAAAAGCAGAGAGGAUGGCCAGCAGGUAAAAUUUUUACCCAGCCUUUUAGAAGGAAGCAACAAGGGUCAUAUCCCACAGUCUCCCCAGUAGCAAUGGCACGCUUUUCACAACCCACUUCAAACAGGGAACCACCGAAGCAAAUACUGGACGUGGAGAAUAUUUCUAGGUCAAAUGUGGUGGAGACUUCAAGGCUGAAUCACACUGAAAAAUUAAACCAGUUGGAGAAUACCUUCAAAUCAGUUAUUGCACAAACUGGACCUGGAGGGACUAUCAAUCCAGAGCUAAAACAUAAGAUAAAAUUUGUUGUAUCCAGGUUUCCAGAGGGUUUACUUAUUUCUAAACUUCUUGGAGAGUUUGAGGUAAUUUUUAAAGAGCAACUUUCACCCAAAAAACUGGGCUUCUUAAAUGCGACCGAGCUUGUUGGAGCUCUUAGUGACAUUCUCCAUGUUGAGUUCAGGGAAGGAGAACAAGACUUGCUGGUGUUUGAUGCUGAUAUGAAGCCUCUACCACCUGAUGGAGCUGUGUCAUCAGUCAGAAAUUCAUGUUUAGUUCAAUCAGAUAAGAAAAUAGAAGCCAAAGCUUGUGUGUCCAGUCCUCCUAGAAAUUCACUGUCUACUACUGUUAUCAAGGAGACUACACGGGAUUACCCUUCAAAAAACCACAAAGAGCCAGAACAGAAGAUUUGCAAGAAGCCUAAUCUGGUGGUAAAGCCUUUACAGCUGCAAGUAGAAAUUAAAUCACAGCUCAACUUGGCAAUGGCAAAUCAUGAUAUCCCACCUGACGCUGUACGGGACAAGAAAUUAUGCAAACUACCCCCAUUAGGUACCAGUACCCUCGUGGGGGUCUUUGUGGAGUAUAUCAUCUCUCCUAGUCAAUUCUACAUCCGAAUCUAUAGCAGGGAUUCAUCAGAGUUACUUGAAGACAUGAUGAUUGAAAUGCGGCGCUGUUAUUCUAAUCAGCUGGUUUCUGAUCGAUAUGCCAUGCCAGAGUAUUUUAUCCAAACGGGACAUCUCUGUUGUGUAAGGAUUUCUGAGGAUAAGUGGUGGUAUCGGGUCAUUAUCCAUCGAAUUCUUGGGAAACAGGAAGUUGAAGUGUUCUAUCCAGACUUCGGAAAUAUUGGAACUGUUCAGAAGUCCUCCCUGAGGUUCCUCAAGUGCUGCUACACCAGGCUUCCAGCUCAGGCUAUCCCCUGUUCUUUGGCUUGGGUGAGACCAGUAGAGGAACAUUGGACAUCCAGAGCUAUUUUGCAGUUCCAGAAGUUGUGUGGUUUGAAGCCAUUAGUGGGGGUAGUGGAUGAAUAUGUAGAUGGAAUCCUUAACAUUUUUCUGUGUGAUACAUCCUCACAUGAAGACAUCUAUUUCCAUCAUGUCUUGAGAACAGAGGGCCAUGCUAUUGUAUGCCAAGAAAAUGUCCCUUCUAAGGGUUUCAGAGACCUCAACCCUUUAACUUUAUACACUAAAUCCAGUGCAGGGCCAGAGGACAUUGUCCUGACAGAACUGGGUUAUCCUUCCCAGCAGCACUAUUUUAAUGAAGAUCGAGAGAUAAGUCCACAAUCAAAAGAGAGAGAAUUAUAUACCCUGCGAGAUAUUAAUGAUGAAAAGACUUUCAGUCACCUUAAGUCAGUCACCUCAAAGGAGCUGUUAAAGGAUUCUGAAUUCAGUUCUUUGAAAACCCAAGAGAAGAGCUGUGAAGACGAUCCAAAGUGUUCCUUCUCCGAGCUAAAAGAUCUGAAGGAAGAAGAUGAGGAUGAGAUUCCCACUGGAAUGCCAUGCCUGGAGUCAGUAACCAUAGGUGAUGAUAUAUGGGAUGAGAACUGGUUACCUUUGCAGGCUGGAAUGGGAGAAGGAAGUGAUGCUGCCUCCCACUUAUCUACCUCAAGCCUUGGUGGAAAGAAACCAUAUUCAUCAUGUAAAGAAAUGCCACAGAAGGAUUGUUGUUUUUCUACACCCAAAGAUAUAUGGGAUGAUUCAUGGCAGCCUUCAGGUCUUGUGAGUGAAAAGAAAGUAGAAGUUCAAAACCUAGAAGGACUGGGUGCUCAAGAAAAAAAUACUGGCACAACCAGAAUUCAAAAGCAACCAGACUUAAAGAGUUCCUCAGAUUCUCCCGCGUUGCCCGAAUUGGAGGAGCUCUACAUCUCUCUUAUCCAGUCGCAGCAGUCAGCAGAAGGUGGCCAGUUUGAGCCUAGCAGCAUUGAGACUCGGCCAGAGCAAAUUCAGCUGUCCACAGCAGCGCUCAACUCAACUCCUGCAGUGGUCGCUUCCCCACAAAAACACUCUGGUUCAGAUGCAAAACCUUUGUCAGAUACAUCUGUUGCAAAUAUUUCAGUGGAAAGCUCUCCAGAGAGCCUAGAGAAUGAAGAUUUUUCUAGUAGCCAUGCUAUUACAGUGUUCAAAGAUAAGAGUCAGGGAGCCAUGGACCAGCUGUCUUUGAUUUUGUCUCCUGAGCACCAGAUUUCUCAGAAGCUCUACAUUCCUCGAAGCACAGCCACUGCUGCCUUAGGAGCUGCUGCGCGGCUAGCCACAUCCAGGAGCCUCCUGCACUGGUACCCCAGUGUGAAAAGGAUGGAAGCAUGAGAGAGCAGGGAGGAUAAAAUAAACUAGAUGCUUAGGGCAUGGUGACCUCCCAGGCCAAAAGAAGAAGGAGGUAUUGAGACAAAGUAGUAUUUUGAUGGUUGAUGCUUGUGUCUUUCUGUGUGACUCUUCGUUAGCUUUGUUAUGCUAACAGUCCGCUUUGUUGUGUAAGUAUUGAUGUUUAAUGUUAAUUUUCAUUUUUAUGGAUGUUUCUUUUUCUGUAUGGUUUUGUUCACCUUUGCUCAGUGUAGUAGUUUAAAGGAUUUUUUGUGUUUCUAUAAAUGUUUUUCUUGUAUAUAUCGUGACUGAUAAAUGUAAACUGAAAAACUAAUGUUUUGUGAUCCAUAUGCAAUAAGACAAAAAUUCUCACAUCCCUAUCUCCAGAAAAAGGAUGUCUGAAUUUUAAGGCUGCUUUUUCUCAUUUGAAAACUUCUAUAUCAUAGAGAGAAUCUAGGGCUCCAAUCUUUACCAUCAUUAUUUCUUUGAAAUACUAGGAUCAGUAAGAAAAUCCAUACCAUGAAGCUUUGGUCAUGUGAACCCUUUUACAUUUAAAAAAAAUUAAGCUGUCUUUCAGCAUAGGCAAUUUCUUGAAGACUUAACAACAAAAUUAUAGAGACCGAUUGUUGAAACUUAGCUGAGCCAUCUCUGUAAGUCAUCAUAGUUCCCUGGAGCCUUAAUGUAACAGUAGUUAAACAGUGGUAUUGUUUAAGCAUUUAUAUAACAUGAUGUUCUCUGAAGUUCAAUUUAUUAUGUGACAUUCUGUUUAGCUCAUAGUAUAAACCAUCAGGAGAAAAGACUGAAAGGUGAAAUUAAAGAAUGUGAGUGAUACAAAUUUCUUUAUGAUAAAAUACCAGACUUAUACCCAAAUGUAAAAAAUCCAAUACAGAAGCAUUUCUUAGUGGUAAAAUCAGAGAAAGAGGUGUGAAUUACUGGCACGCUGCCUAUGACUAGGUUCUCACCCUUUAGCCCCUCUUUUAAGGCCUCCUCUUUUGGCAUUAAAUGGCAGAGCUGGCCCCUAGUUCCUUUCUCUCUUUCUACAAUAAGGAAUGUCUCCUCUUUCCUUCUCAGUUACUUAAUAAGCAAAAUGUCCACUGAGGAAGGGAGUGAGAUGAGAGUAAAUAUCAGAGUGCAUUUAAAUGUAGAG